AUGUACUUUGACAACAGCAAACGCAUCUUCCUGCUCGGUCCCUCGCAUCACCACCCCCUCGCUACAAUUGCCUUGCCUGAAGUAUCCUCGUACGCGACACCCGUAUCCGACGAGCCAUUAGCUCUCGAUACCGAAAUAAUCAACAAAAUCCGCACCGCCUCAUCCACAUUCGAAACCAUGUCCCGCCGUGUGGACGAGCGAGAGCAUAGUAUGGAGCUACAUCUACCAUACAUACAUCGUAAACUACAACUCACCUUCCCCGGACGUCCUACCUCAGAGUAUCCACCCCUCGUCCCGAUCAUGGUGGGAAGUACCAAUCCCGAGACCGAGCGUGCUGUGGGUACACUGCUUGCUACGUAUCUGGCCGAUGUGUCAAAUGCAUUCAUUAUUAGCUCUGAUUUCUGUCACUGGGGUCAGCGAUUUGGCUAUACGUAUUAUGUGUCUGAUGCACCGCAGCAGAAGCCGCCGUUGCCGUUGUCGUUUGAUAACCUUCCACAACCACCCACCACCGUCUCCGAGGCCCAGGACGCUCUACAAAAUGUGUCGGGACGGUCACUACGCAGUAACAGCGAACUGCAUACUGAGAUUUACGAUAGUAUCUCAGCAGUAGAUAUUGCGACCAUGAAAGCCAUUAUAACGGGAAGCGCGACCCAAUUCUUGAAAAUACUGAGAACGACUGGGAACACAGUCUGCGGCCGUCAUCCCAUUGGCGUUAUCAUGGCUGCUUUGGAAGAGUAUGCUUCAGUCUCUGGUGAGGAGAUAGGAAAGUUUCACUUUCUCAGAUACGAGAGAAGCUCAGAUCCAGAUGUUGUCUCGGAGAGUUCGGUGAGCUACGUGUCUGCAGUAGCGGUCAUCUAG